CCUGAGAUGGGCUAUGUCUAACGAAUAUCCUCAUAAACUGGGACUUCAGCUGAGUUUAAUCGGUGGAGAGACCUGAUAUAAAUAAAUAAAAGACAAAGGUAAGUUCUGCGUAGAAAUGAACAUCACAAACUCACAACAAUCUUUCGUAUUUCACUUGAGUUACGACUUAUAUACUGUACCUACCUACCUAGGUACCUAAGGUAUAUAUCUGUAUAACUACCUCUUAACUAUUCGUAUACCUUGAGCAUCCCGUCUACUCUUCCUCUCUCUCUCUCUCCCUGCCUCACUCACCAUGGCCUUAACUGAGCAAAAUGAUAUCUCCAUCGCCGAAAUCGCUAUCUAUACACCGGCACUGUUCGUCGCGAUAUGGCUAUGCAUACGCCAUGGCUUUGGCCGUAGUUCGGGAUGGCUCUAUUUGAUAAUAUUUUCACUGGCCCGUAUCAUCGGAGCAGCAAUGCAACUGGCUACUAUAUCCGACCCGAAAAGUCUACGCCUUCGCAUAGGAGCGGCAACUUUACAAAACAUUGGCUUGUCACCUCUAAUGAUGGUCCAACUGGCCCUGAUCGGACGAGCCGCCGAGAACAUCCAAAAGUCGACGACAUGUUUUGUCACUGAGCAACGGAUACGUUUUAUCCACCUCAUUGUGCUUGUGGGUUUGGUCUUAGGUGCAAUUGGCGGCAGUCAGUCCGGGCAGGAUCUCGCCGACACGGGGAAAUACACCGUCUCGACCCUCUCUCAAGCUGGCACAGGCUUGAUGAUUGCCGCGUACAUCUUACUGGCGCUUUCGACUGCUCUUGUCGCGGUGCAGAUGCCGUACAUGGAGGCGGGAUCGAAGCGGCUAGUUUUGGCCGUGGGCCUUUCUCUCCCCUUCAUCCUCGUCCGACUAGCCUAUUCGGCAGAAUCUUUGUACGGAAACAACCCGGCCUUCAACCAAGUAUCUGGCGAUAUCAACAUUCAGCUCGGAAUGUCCGUCAUUAUGGAGAUGAUCGUCGUCGCUAUUGUUGAGAGCAUUGGAAUGACUUUGCCUAAGAUUACAAAAUCUCCCGCUGGACAGUCUGACCAGUCGGAGGCCGAUUAUGAGAUGAUUCCCAAAUAAUAAUAUUGGUGUCGGCAAUAUUUUGGAAACAUGUAUAAAAAACAAAAGCAGUAUAAAUGUACCUAGCUAGAUGUUAGUGUUAGUCCUUGGAGUUUUGAAUAGGUUAGGUAGGUAGAUACCAUUAUGAUGAUGAUGAUGAUUACACACUAACGGUUACACA